AUGGCACGUCGCAGGAAUACCGGUGAACAGCCGGCCAGUGAAAUGCCAACAAUGCGUGUACAACGUCGCCGUCGCAGCACAUCCAAGAAAAUCGCCCAAGAGGACCAAACUCACGCACAAGACCUCAGGAAGACUCAAAAGUAUGCAACUCAAGGUCUCCGCCAGAGACAGGCUCUCGAAGAGGUCAACGACUUCGCACCUUUGGACCCGGAGUCAGAAGAUGCAGAAGAUGAUGGCGACAUUGCCAAUGGCAAUGAUGAUGAGCCGUUGACUACAGAUUCAUUCACUUUUACAGCAGUGCCUCUCCGUGGUAUGACGAAUCAGGCCCGUGCUCUCACUUACCCUGCACAAGCUACCAGAACACUGACUCCACGGACACAUCAUGUCCCCCCCAGCAUCCCUUCAGCAUAUUUGAACACACCUGUGGUGCCUUGGGUCCAGCCGCAACAAGUGAUCGAUCCUCAAUUGCUUACUGGCGACUUGGAGGAGGAGGCAGGGCCACGUAUGGAAAGUUCUCGAAGUGAAAUAGCCAAGUCACACCAUGAUACUCCAACGCCAUUCAGAGGAGUGCCGCCGAGCUUGAGGGGUGAAGUAUCUUCAAGUUCGGUCGAGUCCAUGGUGGCACAACAGCCAGUUGAAUUGAUGGCCGCUCUGGGGGCUGUGAAGCGCCCGGCUCCGCCACUCACAGAGGUAGAAGGCCUCCAGGUGGUUCAGAAGGUCAAAAUUGGUGAUGGCGGCAGUCGUGGCCGCAUUCGAUGUGCUGACUUUGAUCGUCUCUAUUCAUCCAUCAUACAUCUUGCGGUGGGACACUACCAAGCUAUUCUCGCUAACUCGACAAUCUAUCCAGGUGAUGUUGAGAGUCGCAACUGGUCGGGCGAAGCAUGGGCUGCAUCGUGUCGGGCAAAUGGAGUGAGAAUUGAUUAUGAUGAGGACGCUUACAAAUUGAUAACUUCACGAGGCUCUAAUCUGCGGAGCGAACUUAAAACUGUCAUGCGGCCUCUUGUUAUGACAGAGUUUGGCUUCAGUGACGAAAACACCUGAAGCCACAUCCCUCAA